AUGGAAGAUGUGGCUGUGAAGGGAUUGGUGUCAGGCUUAGCAAAACCCACGCUUGACAGUGUGGCGUACUGGAUUCAACUGCUGCGAGGCAAACAUACAGCUACCGAAGAAAUGAAAAGGGAGGCAGCACUCCUGGAAGCGGCACUCUGGGAUACAUACAGCUGCAGAAGCAGCAGUCACUUGCUCAGGAAAGCAAGAGAUCAAGCAGAUGACUUACAAACUGAAAUCGAAGCAAUUCUUGAACAUGCAAAACGGCUCUCAAGAAGAUUGUAUAGUGAGGCAAACUUGAAUACUCCAAAGGCAAUUGACCAAAUGGAUGAUGACAUGCUUGGAUCUGUUAUAAGGCGCUUUCUGGAAAAAGAGAGUAGAAGGUAUGUCAUUGUUUUGGAUCAUAUAUCAACAAGAGCACAGCUCAAAGACGUUUUAGAUCUUGCAAUUCCUGACAAAAUUUGUGAGAACUUUGGAAGAAUCAUAGUAACAUCAAGAAAUCUAGAUGUUGUUGGAGCCUGCAACAAUGCAUACAGAGUAGAAGUUGAACAACUGUCUGCACCAGAAGUUUGGAAGCUAUUCUGCAAGAAAGCAUUUUCAGCUGCAGAUUUCCGUCCUGAACUGGAAGUUGGCAACCUUCGUGAAAGAAUUACUGGCCUAUGUGAUGGAUUACCUUUAGCUAUAGAUUUACUUGGAGGCCUCCUCUCCAAAAAACUGCAGAGUGAAUGGAGCAGCAUCAUUGACGAAUUGCAAGAACAUGGUUACACAGAAAUAUUGGAAAGGAGCAUCAAUGACUUGUCUGAUAUGUCACAGACGAACAUAAAUAAGUGCUUAAUGUACUUUAGCAUCUUCCCAAAAGGUUCUACAGUUUCACACAAUACAUUAGUCAGACUGUGGAUAGCUGAAGGUUUUAUACAUGUCCAGGGAAGAAAGACACAGGAGGAAAUUGCCACAGAAUACCUCAAUACUCUCAUUGAACGUCACAUUGUUCAGGUUGCAGAGCAUUAUCAGUAUGGAAGACCAAAGAGUUACAAGCUUAAUGGGCUCAUGCAUGACGAGAUACGGAAGAAAGCAGAGGAAGAGAACUUCUGUACAACACUGGUGGAGAGUCUAAGCAACUCUCUCAAGCGGAUUCGACGUCUGUCUGUUCAGGUCACAGUAAAAGAAUUUCCAAAGACUGUGUAUUUACUCAAUGUUAUCUCUCUGUUUGUUUCAAGCAGAACUUCUCACAUAGCAAAGCUCUUAUCCAGCACAAGGUCACUGAAAAUACUGAGUCUGACGGAUGAAUCAAUUCAAGUAUUCCCAAAAGAAAUUAGCAAGCUGACUCAUUUGAGAUAUCUCAACUUAGGUAAUACCAAGAUAAGCAAGCUUCCAGCGUCUGUUGGGAAUCUGAUAAACCUACAAACCUUAAUCCUGAAAGGCACCCUAGUAUCACAAUUACCAAAAGCGAUACUAAGAGUAAGACAGCUUCAGCAUCUUCUAGCCUACCGAUAUGACGUAGAGAAAAAACCUGAUCGGCAGCCAGACAUUAUCUAUGGUGUGAAAGUGCCUAAAGGAAUUGGAGAUCUCAAAGAGCUUAAAACUUUAUCAAUCAUAGAAGCAAAUAAAGACAGCAGCACUGUUAAAGAACUCCACAAAUUAACAAAGCUGAAGAGAUUGGGGAUUGUCAAGCUCAAAGGAGAUGAUGGGCCUGAUUUAUGCACAGCAGUUUCAGAGAUGGGUCAACUUUCCUCCAUUUCAUUAACAUCAUCAGAUAAUGAGCCUAUCAACCUUCGAAACUUACUCACCAUACCACCGAAGCUUGAGAGAUUGUACUUGAGGGGAAGGUUGAAUGUGAAUGCUGAUUUCUUUCCAUCUCUUCAAGCCCUUGUGAGACUACGAUUAGUAGGAUCAAGUUUAGCUGAUAGUUCAUUCAAUGAGCUGCAAAAGCUGCCUAAACUUGCUGAACUUGCCUUGAUCCAAGCACUGGAUGCAGAAAAGUUAAACUUCCUACAGAAUGGAUUUCCAAAUCUGAAGAUACUAGAUCUUGAACAACUGAAUAGCUUAGUAGAGAUAGAAGUGCAUGGAUCCUUGAGAAACCUCAGUAAAUUGAUUUUAAGGAACUGCAGCAGGCUAACAUCAGUCCCUCUGGGAAUUGAGCAUUUAAAGGAACUUAAAGAGUUUCAUCUGUUCGACAUGCCAGAAUCUUUCCUUCAGAAACUACAGAAAGGGAAUGAAAACUACGAAAGUAUACGACGCAUCAAGGUCAUAUGCUAUUACAAAGAAGGAUUUCCACAAGUAAAAACAGAGCCUCAGGAUGCGGGUUCAACAAGUUAUUGUACUGCCGAAGAAGAUGAUGAUCACGGAAUAUCAGAUUCUGAUGAGUUCUCCACAAGUUAAUGUCAUUGAG